CAAAACCAGGAGGUUUAUCACGAGAGAGAGAGAGAGUAACCUCAUAAGAAGGGAAACUCAACCUCCAUAAUACAAAGUUGCAACCCAUCUUUUAGAAAAACUCAUCUCUCUCUCUCUCUCUCUCUCUCUCUAAGGCUUUGCCAUUUUUCUAUCUUGCAUUGCUCUUUGUGCUCAUGGAAGUCAACAAAACUAUUGCACCUGCAAGCCCACCAGCUCCUAGUACUGCAAACAACCACACACAAAAACACCAUCACUUACAUUCACAAAUCCAUAGCCAAAGCCAUCACCAUGGCAUUUUCUCUUCCACUUCCAUUCUUAUACUCGUCAUAUCCAUCAUCUUUAUUAUCCUCCUCCUCGCCAUAAUCCUAAUCAUUUUUCUGCUCAGAAGACUCAAAUCUGCUAAAAACAAUGGCAAUUGGAAGGAGCACAAUAGCAUGCACAACACAAGUCGCAGGUUCAUUGCUCACACCACUGUGAAUGUCAAUUCUAGCCCAGAUGUGAAGGGUGGGUGCCUUUAUGGAGGGAAUAAGGGAAGGACAGCACCACCUAAAGUUAGAGGGGUUCAAGUUUAUACGUACAAGGAGCUUGAAGUGGCCACAGGAAAAUUUAGUGAAGCAAAUAUAAUUGGUAAUGGAGGAUACGGAGUGGUGUAUAGAGGGGUCCUGAGUGAUGGGACCGUGGCGGCAAUUAAGAUGUUGCAUAGGGAAGGCAAGCAAGGGGAGCGUGCUUUCAGAGUUGAGGUGGAUCUGCUUAGCCGCUUACACUCUCCUUAUCUGGUGGAGCUACUUGGCUAUUGUGCUGACCAACAUCAUAGACUAUUGGUUUUUGAAUUCAUGUCUAAUGGUACACUCCAACACCACCUCCACCCCUCUCACAUUCAACAUAGGCCAUUGAAUUGGGGUACCCGAUUGAGGAUAGCCCUUGAUUGUGCUAAAGCCCUUGAGUUCCUCCACGAGCAUGCAACCCCAUCCCCAGUUAUCCACCGUGACUUCAAGUGCACCAAUGUUCUACUUGAUCAAAAUUUUUGUGCCAAGGUGUCCGAUUUUGGAUUGGCCAAGACAGGGUCAGACAAAAUCAAUGGUCAGAUUUCGACACGUGUUCUUGGGACCACUGGAUAUUUGGCACCAGAGUACGCUUCAACGGGUAAGCUUACUACAAAAUCAGAUGUGUAUAGCUAUGGUGUGGUACUCCUAGAGCUAUUAACAGGUCGCGUACCAGUUGACACGGAACGACCCACUGGAGAACAUGUCCUCGUCUCAUGGGCUCUUCCACGAUUAACCAACAGAGAAAAAGUAAUGGAAAUGGUUGAUCCGGCUCUACAGGGCCAGUAUUCAAAGAAGGAUCUAGUUCAGAUAGCCGCUAUUGCAGCUGUGUGUGUGCAACCAGAAGCAGAUUAUCGGCCUCUAAUGACUGAUGUUGUGCAGUCACUAAUCCCUCUAAUCAAAAACCUCUCUUCUGUUUCUUCCUCUAGUUCCUGUAGAUUUCUAAGUCAAACAGUAAGUCCCAGUUGUUAAGGGCUACAUUGAAAACUGUGUGAUCAAGCUGUCGCAGUAACUCUAAGCUGGUUCUUGUGAGAACUAAGUGACAACCAUCCUACAA